AUGUCCUCCAUAAAUAGCAAUACUCCUGAAAAGCAAGGAUCGCCGGAUAUCAUUAAAGAUCCAGAGUAUUUCAUCAGCACUGAAUCACUCGACAAGUCGUCGCCAGAAGAACAAGUUGAGCAAUUAGCUCAAGACCUUGGUAUAAAUCAAAAGAAACUCAUGUGGAAAAUUGAUCUUUGGGUCGUUCCACCAUUUUGUCUUUUAUAUUUCCUUUCAUUUUUAGAUCGUGUCAACAUCUCCAAUGCUAAUCUUUAUGGUUUAAGUACAGAAUUAGGGUUGGUGGGGAACCAAUACAAUACUGCCUUAACUGUAUUUUUUGUACCAUAUGUGUUUUUUGAAGUUGCUGCAAAUUAUACCAUCAAAUUUGUUCGUCCACACAUCUGGUUAUCUAUUUUAGUUUUGUUGUUUGGUGUCUUAUCCAUUGGUAUGGGAUUUGUUCAAAAUUUCGGUGGGUUAGUUGCUUGUCGUUUUUUGAUUGGGGUUACUGAAGCUUCUACAUUCCCAUCCAUUUUCUAUUUAUUGUCUACUUAUUACUCCAAGAGUGAAUCGCAAAGAAGAUUCUCGGCCUUCUUUUCGUGUACGGCAUUAUCGGGUGCUGCCUCCGGUGCCAUUGCAUAUAAAAUCCAUGACUUGGAUGGAGUCCAUGGGUUAUCCAGUUGGAGAUGGAUUUUCAUCAUUGAAGGUAUUGUCACUUGUGGGUGCGCAGUUAUCUUGUUCUUUUUAAUUGCUGAUUUCCCAGAACAAGCCCGAUUCUUGAAUGCAAAUGAACGUGAGUUUUUAAAGAAAAAGUUGGAAAUUUUGUCUGGUACAUCUUCCGCAUUUGAAAUCAAAAACAAAUUAAAGGAUGUGUUGAAAUGUUUCAAGGAUUGGUUGAUCUGGUUGCCUGCAUUAUCCUACUUUGGGUUGAUUAUUCCUUCUUACGGGUAUGCUUACUUUGCUGCCACUAUUAUUAACCAAAUGGGUUACACUGCCGUUGACGCUCAACAGCAUUCCGUCUACCCAUGGCUUUGUGCUUUCGGUUUGAUCAAUAUUACUGCAUUUGCUUCGGAUAGAUUCCAAAAGAGAUUGCCAUUUGCCAUUGCCUCGUGUGUCAUUGCCAUUGCUGGUCUUGCUAUGGUUUUAGGUGCUACCACUGCUCCUAGAGUGCGUUAUGCUGGUUGUUUCCUUACUGCAUCAGGGUUAUAUACUGCCAUGCCAUUAGUUGUCUGUUGGGCUGCUUUGAAUAACGGUUCUCAUAUUAGAAAGUCAGUCGGUACCGCCUGGCAAAUUGGAUUUGGGAACAUUGGUGGUAUCAUUGCUACAUUUAUCUUUUUAGCCAAGGAUGCGCCAGUUUACAAGCCUGGUUUAGCUACUUGUAUUGCUGCUGUUUGUUUCUCGAUCAUGUGCUCUCUUGGUUACUUCUACGCUUGUAUGAGAAUGAACAAGAUCAAGCAGACUGAUGCAUACAAACAGGAAUUUGCAGCCAUGGAACAACGAGAACAAAUUAAUGCCGGUGAUAGAAACCCAAGCUUUAAAUAUUUGUAUUAG